UAAAUGUGGCAACACUGGUGAAAGUAAACACAAGCAACCAUUUGCACAGCACAUGCAUUUUUUUUGGAAAAACCUAGUAAUAAAUAAUUACUAAUCUUCAAAAAGUCCAUAGAAGUUUAGUGCUUUUUCUGCGAUCGAAACGCACGCGUUAUGACCUCGGCCUUCAGUUCCAGUGAAGCGGCUGCAAUCGAGCGGCAGGUAGACCUCACCGACUCCAGUCAGCCGGAGUGUGUUGACAUUCAGCUGGACGACUUCUGGAACGACGCUCAACUGGCGGAAUGUGUCGGCUGGAUACGGGAACACGGUUUCCAGAAGGUGUGCCUUCAAUUUCCGGAUGCGAUGCUGCCGUUCAGCACAGCCAUUGCCGAGCUGCUGCAGCAGUCCUCGCAGUCCGGUAUUCACAUUUUGGGAGACACAUCCUACGGGAGCUGCUGUGUGGAUGAGAUAGCCGCUUCACAUAUUGGGGCCGAUGCGAUGAUACACUUCGGGCAUGCCUGUCUCAGCCGAGCGGCCCGGUUGCCCAUCAAGUACGUUUUCGUCAAAGGUCGACUGGUUGUGGAACGGUUCGUGGAAGCCGUGGAGCAGGAGUUUGCCGAUCGUGGGAUUGAGCUGGGCAUCUUCUACGAUGUGAGUUUUGCUCACGUUGCUCGGGAUGUGGAAGAGAAAAUUAAAGGUUCCUUCCCAAACGCCACCGUCGGUCAGUUGGCCCUAUCCGGCGAGCAGCCGGAUCUGCUGUGCUGGAAACUGCAUGGUCGCACUUAUGAAGGUUCAACCUGCAUCUACAUUGGUCGGGACAAUCAGAGUUUCUUUAACACAACCAAUGGCAUCAAGGCGUCGCAAUGGUUCCGUUUCGAUCCGGAAGCGGAACAACUGACCCGAGCGAACCCACUGGAUUCGAAAUGGCUGCGACGGCGGUUCUACUACAUCGAGAAAUGUAAGGAUGCCAGUUCGCUGGGCAUUGUGGUGGCGACCUUGACCGCUAGCGGGUAUCUGGACGUGGUCAACCGGAUUCAGAAGAUGGCAAAGGCUCGCGGCAUCCGGUCGUAUAUUAUUUCCGUGGGCAAGAUCAACCCUGCCAAGUUGGCCAACUUUUUGGAGAUCGAUUGCUUCGUGCUGAUUGGUUGCCCGGAGAACGACCUGUUCACCUCGAGAGACUUCUUCAAACCGCUGGUAUCGGUGUACGAGUGUGAACUUGCGUUCAAUCCGGCCUGGACCGGUCAAUUUCCGGACAGCUACAGUUCCGACUUUUGCGAUGUUCUUCCCAAUGGACGGCUGUACAAGGAGUUCGAUGCCGGGCUGGUGGAUGAUGCUCCGGCGGAUGUCAGUUUGGUAACCGGUAAGGUUCGGAAUGUGAAUCGGGUUGAAAUGGACGCGGCUACGAAUGGAAGUCAAGAUUGCCGGGAGAUUCAGCUGCGAGGUAAGAAUGAGGUUGCUCAGGUUAGUUCAGGAGAUGCUCUGCAGGGUCGAUCGUGGCAAGGUUUGGAGCAGAACUUGGGACGGGAUGCGCCGGCAGUUGUUGAAGAAGGAAGGAGUGGGAUCCCCAUUAAGUAUGAGAAUGAUCCCAGUGAACGGUAAAGAUGAAGGUAAAAUAUAGGUUUUGGAUAUAACAA